AGAAAUGAACAUUAUUCGAGGACAGCCUCUGAACUUGUUACGGCUUUUUGUUUUUAUCCUUGUGGCGGUGGCAGCAGUCAAGCUGUUAUCUUCCAGUGCCAAACAGAGAUAUUCAAAUGACUUGAACUCAUUUUGGGAGGAGAAGAAAAGUUUGGAAUCCCAUUACCAAGUCAUGAGAGGACCUGAAGAACAUGCAGCAAAACUAGAGCUCCCGCAAGGUAAUGGUAUGAACCAGGGCAGGCAUUCAGAAGAUGAUCAGACUUCCAAGGAUUUCAUCAAAACAGAGAUGAGGCUGGUCCAUUUGGAUCUGAAGGGAGCAGCACCAAAGGUUACAUAUUUGGAAAAGAUUUUUCCUUUACUGUCAAGUCUUGGUGCAAAUGGGAUCCUCAUUGAGUAUGAAGAUAUGUUUCCUUUUCAUGGAGCUUUAGAAAUUCUCAAGUCUUCAUAUGCUUACAGUACUGAAGAUAUUGAUAAAAUACUACAUUUGGCAGAAGUGAACUCACUAGAAGUGGUGCCUUUGGUUCAGACAUUUGGCCACAUGGAAUAUGUCUUAAAACAUGACAAAUACCGUCAUUUACGAGAAAUGGAAAAGUACCCUAAUAGUCUGAAUCCUCAUCUGCCCGAGUCUGUGUCUCUGGUGAAGGAUAUUGUCACUCAGGUCCUAGACAGGCAUUCUAAAUCUACAUGGGUCCAUAUUGGAGCUGAUGAGGUAUUUCACUUAGGAGAUGGAAGAGAAUCAAAAAACUGGCUGAACCAAAAUAAUGGAGAUCUGGGAAAAAUGUUUCUAAAUCAUGUGAAGGAAAUUGGAAACUUCAUUAUUAAAAAGUACAGUGGAAUCCGGUUGAUCUUGUGGGAUGAUAUGCUAAGAAGUAUUAAACUAGACACAAUUAAAGAAUCUGGAAUAACAGAAUACAUGUCUCCAGUAAUAUGGUCUUACAUUAAAGACCUCAAAACUGAAGUUAUAGGAGCAGAGUUAGAAAUUGAAAGGAUGGUAGCAAGUCUUACUCCAGAACGGAUACACACUUUACGACAUCAGGUAAAGAGUUUAAUAAGGAAGAAAGAGCACCUGCCAAACUUGUACUUCAGAUAUGAUCACUAUUCCGUCUUGUGUGAGCUGCUUCCAGUUGGAAUUCCAUCACUGGCAGUUUGCCUGCAGACAUUGGUCCAUGGUGGAUUUACAGAAAUCGCAAAAAAGAAAAUCCUGGAAACACUGGGCUUUAAUGACAUUAACAUACAAGAAAAUGUCUGUGUGGGAAGUGGUACUUUUCCUGGUUAUGAUGUCUACCAGAUGGUCUAUCGUAUCCACACAAGUUUGAAAGAAGAUGUUAAAAGAAUCGAGGAUGAUGAAGCUAUCAAAGGGUGGUUUACAGUCUAUCACAGAAAACAUAGUUUUGGCAAUCCUUACUUUAUGGAAAGAUUUGGUAACACAGUGCAAAGGACUUGCACUGAUUGGGAAAAAUUUCUGGAAACAUUCAGAACUACAAUGGAGACCAUCUACUUCUCUGAUACUGUUAGUGAGUGGUUAGAUGUGUAUGUUAACCCAUACAUGGAAACUCUAAUAACUAUUGUAAAAAACUACGAUGACAUUAUUAAAUUGAAUGCAAGACCAAAAUCUACAUAAAUUCUCAGUGGAAAAUUUGGAAAAACUCACAAUCUACAAAGUGCCAUUUAAGCCAUCUUCGAUUCAGAUUGCUACCAUACAUUUUUGCUUCUAAGACUUCAAGUAGAAGAGUAUUUGUUUUGCAAAGCACUUAAAUUUAUUUGUAGGAAUAUGCUGGGACUUUGUACAUAUAUAUCUGCCUAAUUAUAUAUGACCAUGCCAUGUCCUCUAAUUUGCUAUUCAUUGUAUAGACUCUGUUUAGUGCUGUCAGGUAGCAGUCUCAUUUAUUUUACUGUUCAUAUAACUUUACUUCAUGUUUACACUACUGUGUGUGAUAGUGCUGUGGACUUUCAUUUGCUGUUUGUUUAUGUAUUUUUUUAUAUGUUGUAUCAGUGCAGUCUCAUUCAUUUUGCUGUACAUAUUUUCCUGAAUGGUGUCAUGGGAAAAAAAGAACAUAAUUUGUUGCAAUAAAAUGCUUUUGAGAUACAA